AUGUCGGCCACAGAAGUCAAAUUGGAGUUCGACCCCAAGGAUAUGCCUUUCCGUAGACUGGGAUCUAGCGGAUUGCGUGUGCCUGUGUUCUCUCUGGGUGGAUGGUUAACGUUGGGAGCCACCGUUGUCGGCGAUCCCGUAAAGGAUAUCAUCAAGACUGCGUUUGACGCGGGCAUCAACAUGUUCGAUACUGCUGAGGCAUAUGCGGCUGGGAAAUCUGAGUUGGAGAUGGGCCGCGUUAUCAGAGAGCUAGGACUUCGCCGUACCGAUCUCGUUAUUACUACUAAGCUAUUCUGGGGAUUGAGGAAGGGCCCGAAUGAUAGUGGGCUUUCGAGGAAACAUAUUGUUGAAGGUACCAAGGAGUCUUUGGAGCGUUUGGGGUUGGAUUAUGUUGAUGUUAUCUUUGCGCAUCGUCCUGAUCAUACUGUUCCGAUGGAGGAGAUUGUCCGUGCUUUUAACUUCGUUAUUGAGAAAGGAUGGGCGUUUUAUUGGGCUACAUCGGAAUGGAGUGCACGCGAGAUUGAAGAAGCUCAUCAUAUUGCUAGCAAGUUGAACUUGAUUGCUCCGAUUGCUGAGCAGUGCCAGCACAAUAUGUUCCACCGCGAGCGGCCUGAGAAGGAAUACCAUGCGCUUUACAAGAAAUACGGCCUCGGCACCACCGCAUGGUCCUCCCUCGCCAGCGGUUUGCUCACGGGAAAGUACAACGACGGCAUUCCCAAAGGAUCACGCUUCGACGCCAACUCCGAGUUCUUCAAAGAAACAGUGAAGAAGUUGCAAGAGCCCGAAGGCCAAGAGAAGCUGCGUAAAGUAAGGGAAUUGACCAAGUUGGCGGAGGAAGAACUCAACACGACCGUGAGCGCCCUGGCACUCGCAUGGGUCGCGAAGAACCCGAACACGUCCACCGUCAUUCUCGGCGCGUCGAGUCCUGAGCAGGUCACGCAGAACCUCAAGGCGCUUGAGGUGAUCCCAAAGUUGACGCCAGAGGUUUUGGAAAAGAUUGAGAAGAUUUUGGGCAAUGCACCUGAAGAUGCUCCGAGUUACGGACGACCGUUGUUGGAUAGGUUUGGAAGAAUUUGA